UCCUGAAUAGAGGAGGACACUUUGAUCCUAUCAAGGGACAACAAAGCUGAUAAAAGCAUCUUUUGACUUUGGCUAAGCCCGCUUUUCAUAGCUCUCAGUCAUCUGUCCGUGCUGACGAAGGGCCGAAUAGGUACACAAACUGCACGAGCAAACAAAGGGAUAAAACGAUGUGCUGUUCUGUUACAUCAGAACCUGUUUGAGCUGCACAUACCAGGUGAGGGCCACGCCCCGUUCUGCUGCGGGCUCAGGUCUCAGGUUCUUCCCAAAUAAAAGCACAUAAGUGAGGAGCCACAGACAGAUCGGCAUGUUUACCUUUAAUAUCACCUGACUGCAAAGAGUAGAAUCAACAUCAGCAGACGCUUUCAAUCUGAUCAGAACUCACUAAACUCAAUGGAAAUCAAACAGGACGUCAAUCAGCUGAUGAGUUGGAGCAAACAGGAUGGAGGUUCGUUUGAAAACACAGAGGAACCUGACAGACAGUCUGCAGCCAAUGACUUCAGCACCAUCCACAGCAAAGAUCUCCUUCCUGCAGAGAAUGGAAAGGAGGUGACUAAACACUUCUUGCAGGAGAUACUAAAUAUUCUCCUUUCAUACAUCAAUAAGUCUCUGAACCGCAACUCCAAAGUGUUGGACUUCCACCACCCCCACCAGCUGAAAGAAGGUCUCGAGGGCUUCAGCCUGGAGCUCCCAGAUCAGCCAGACAACCUAGAGCAGCUGUUGGUGGACUGCCGGGACACUCUGAAAUACGGAGUCAAAACAGGUCACCCUCGCUUCUUCAACCAGCUGUCGACUGGACUGGACAUCGUAGGACUAGCUGGGGAAUGGGUCACAUCAACGGCCAAUACAAACAUGUUCACCUACGAGAUAGCGCCUGUGUUCAUCCUCAUGGAAGACAUCAUCCUCAAGAAAAUGCAUUCCUUUGUUGGCUGGUCUGAGAAGGAGGGAGAUGGGAUCUUCUGUCCUGGAGGCACCAUGUCCAAUCUUUAUAGCAUUCUGCUGGCCAGAUAUCAUUUCUUCCCCGAGGUGAAAACUGCAGGGAUGCGCGCCCUGCCUCCUCUCGCCCUCUUCACCUCUGCACAUAGUCAUUAUUCUAUCAAGAAGUCAGCCGCUGUGCUGGGGAUUGGCUCUGAAAAUGUUAUUGUGGUGAAGUGUGAUGAAAGAGGCAAAAUGAUUCCUGAAGAACUGGAGUCCAGUAUCCGAAGAGCAGAGACAAAGGGUCUGGUUCCAUUCUAUGUAAACGCCACAGCUGGGACCACUGUGUACGGGGCCUUCGACCCUCUGAAUGAAAUUGCGGACAUCUGUGCCAGAUGUGGCCUGUGGAUGCAUGUGGAUGCAGCCUGGGGAGGAAGCCUGCUCCUGUCCAGGAGGCACCGCAUGAAACUGCAGGGCAUUGACAGGGCCUCAUCCAUCACCUGGAACCCCCACAAGAUGAUGGGCGUACCACUGCAGUGUUCAGCCAUACUGGUGCGAAAGAAGGGUCUGCUGCAGGAGUGCAAUCAGCUGUGUGCCGAGUAUCUUUUCCAGCCUGAUAAGCACUACGACGUGUCCUAUGACACCGGAGACAAGAGCAUCCAGUGCGGGAGACAUGUGGACGUCUUCAAGCUGUGGCUCAUGUGGAAGGCCAAGGGCUCUGAAGGUUUUGAGUCUCAGAUCAACCACUGUCUGGAAAACGCAGAGUACCUUUACCACAAGCUGAAGAGCAGAACGGACUUCCAGUUGGUCUUCCAAAGCAAGCCAGAACACAGUAACGUCUGCUUCUGGCACCUUCCAAGCCAUGUGAGGAACAUGCCUGCAGGACCGGAGAGAGACAGAGAGCUUCAUAUGGUGGCUCCAAAAAUCAAGGCGAAGAUGAUGGAGGAAGGAGUGACCAUGAUUGGCUACCAGCCUCUUCAAGACAAGGUGAAUUUCUUCCGCUGCGUUUUUUCCAACCCGGCCACGCAGAGGGAAGAUGUGGAUUUCCUACUGGACGAAAUUGUCCGUCUGGGUCGUGAGGUUUAGGCCCAGAACUAUGUGAUUAUUAAAUUGCACUUUCUGUAGACUUCAUCGAGACGUCAGUCUCAGGAAAUAGGCCGAUGUUUCUGGUGUAGCUCAGUGUGAAUGCUUUGCUGAGUCUGUAGGUCACACUGCGUUUAUUUAUUCUGUGGCAGAAUUCAUUUCCUUGUCUUUAUUGAUUAGGACAGCAUUAAAGUGAUGCUUCGGCCAGCGUUGCACAUCUCACUAUCUGCACAACUUUCCCCAAAUAGCUCCAGAUUAAGCUAAAAAGUGAGAAAAUAGUGCAAAUCGUUGGCAAAUCGUCAUUUUAAGUUUUAGUUUCAGUGAUCUAGUAGUAGUAGUUUUAUACACAAUCCCUAAUCAUCAAGUUGGAACAUCACGGAAAGCGCAAAUAAGAAUAAGUACAGUAUUUUCUUUUUCUUUUUUGAUUUAUUUGAUUUAUUUUGAUCAUUUGAUAAUUUACAUCCAUUUAAGGCCUGCAAUACAUUCCAAGAGCAGCUAUUUUGACCAAUUCAUAGACAAGUGUCAUACACUGCAAUAAAUCAUUUUUUUAAUGAUUUUUAUUUCCUCAUUUUUACAGUGUGCAGUUGGACCUAAGUCUUAUAAUUGUAUAUUUCUAAAAGAAUUAUGCUUCUUUACAUUAUAUUUUUGUUGAAAAUAAGAAAUUAAUAAACACAAUUCCAUAAACACAAUUGUUGAGAUAAUUGACGUGCAUAUUACGUAUACUUCACAGUAUAUUUGAUCUUGAUAUAGUUUAUAACACACAGUCAUCCUGCAUCAGUAAAACAUUUAUUUCCUUUAUUAAUGACUGGCAUUUACUGUAUUUCUGUUCCUUUGGUCACAAAAAACAAACUAAAAGUUGUACGAGAUGUAAUCUCGCAAUAUUACGACUUUAAUCGCAUAAUAUUACGACUUUAUUCUCAUAAUAUAACGACAUUAUUCUUGUAAUAUUAUAAGUUUAAAUUUGUAAUAAUAUGAGAUGAAAGUCGUAAUAUUACAAGAUUAAAUCUCACGACUUUAAUAUCAUAAUAUUACGACUUUAAUCUCAUAAUAUUACGACUUAAUUCUCAUAAUAUAACAACUUUAUUCUCGUAGUAUUACGACCUUUUUCUUGUAAUAUUACGACUUUAAACUUGUAAUAGUACGACUUUCAUCUCAUAUUAUUACAACUUUAAGCUUGUAAUAUUACAACUUUAAUCUCGUAAUAUUACGUCUUUCACCUCAUAUUAUUAAGACUUAAUCUCAUAAUAUUACGACUUUAUUUUUGUAAUAUUACAACUUUAUUCUCGAAGUGAACUGUUUUUGUUUAUUUAUUUUUUGUAUGGCCCUAAAACGCUGUCGUACAACUGGUGAUUCUAAUCAUGAUUUAAUUCAAAAACGGUGUCCAUGAAAGGAGUAAAAUGGACAGAGAAUCUUCAGUUUCUAACAAACAAAUGACAAAAUUGCUAAAAUAAUGUUCCCCAAAGAAAGGCUUAACAGAAUUUGCAUAUUUCCCCAUCUCCACUGCAUAACAUCAUUAAACUUUCACAUUAAACCAGUCAUUAAAAUGAAUUGGGAAGAAUUUCUGUGUGUAAAGGGCAAGAGCAAACCACCUAAACUGAACACCUUCAGAAAUGUCCCUUAAACCUUUACUGUACAAAACAGAAGCCUUAUAUAAACCAUGUCUAGAAGCGGUAUCAUCUCUCUAGGGCUUGGAGGCAUCUCAGAUGAACCUUCACUCAGAGACAGAGACGGCAGCAUUAAUGCAGAAAUGUUAAUACAAAACACUUUAGCAUUUUCUAUACUGUUCCAACUUCAUCUGAUUUGGGAUUGCUCUUUUAUAUAUUAUAUACUGACUAAUGCUUAUUCAUUAUGUUCUAUUUUAUUGAUAUUAAGAAACAAUCAUAUAUUUAAACAUGUAUAUCAUUAUUAAACAUGUAUAUCACAUCUGUACUGUAAGGGCUGUGACUUCUUUUCUGUACUUGUGUUUAUUAUUAGAUUAAUCCAUUUAAAAGUCAACUUACAAACUAAAUAUGUUACCUAAUAUUACAGUGUACUGAUUUCUGUUGUCAGAAAACUUGAACCUGAAAUGAAAUUAUCAGUAUAGUGUCUGGAUUAUAUUCAUAUAACAUAACAUAAAAAAUGUUUGUGUGCCCUUUCCAGUAGCUUUAGGCAAGACCCAUGAUCUACGAUAAAAAAUAUGGCAAAAUGUUUUUAAACUAAUUAUACUGCAACAUAAUUUCAGUCAUUUCCACUCUCUUACUCACUGUAUAGUAUAAACCAAAUGAUUAUAAGUAAACUAUAUGCAUAUUUUAAUACAUUUCAAAUGUAGCAUAGACUGAAUAGAAUAUAUAACAGAGCGUUUCUCAGAAAAAUGGAUUGAUUGACUAUAAAUUCACAAAGGAUUUGUGCUUAUUUGAGACAUAGGGCCCUAUUUUAGUUAUCUAUGGCGCAUCAGUCAGUUGCGUAUCGUGCAGCUGGAUUUAGGGCAUGUCGUUGUGUCUUUUGUAUUGUAAGAGUGCAAAACAAUACGUCGCUUAAUUAAUCAUGGGUGUGUUCUGGGCGCAACAUGAAAUAAACCAAUCAGUGUCCCACUUGCCAUUACCUUUAAGAGCCAGAUGAGCUCUGACUUUGGCAUGUUGGUAUCUUGACAGCAUGGCCGUUUGUGCGUCUCAGCAGGGAAUACUGACCUGCACGUUCAGGGAAGAGCAAUGUUAUUUAACUCUUUAUUCUGUUAUUGUUGAGUCGGGUUUAUGCUCUGCAGCACCUAUAGGAAUGGACUCUGAUUAUUAACAAAAAAAAGACUGUUGACAGGGUGUAAGGUAGCAAAAAGCAUCUAGACACACCAUAGAACACAGGGUGAAUGAUAGGGCCCGUAUUGUUUGUGGACUGCCUGUAGGAGUUGAUUUAUAGUCCAUUCUUAAUUAAAAUGAGUCUGUUUUUGGUUUCUCAAUUUCUUUAUUUUUCUCUAAUGUUACAUGCAGCCAGAGAGCUCAUUAUUCCCGCCUUGUGGUAGAUUGAUCCCGGCUGCAGAGUUGAGUGUGACCUCCCGGCUAUCUUACAGGCUAGCUUAUUGUUAAGUUUAAUAACCCCUUGCUGAUUCAGUAAACUGUGUUGCCCACAUGAUGCAUACAAUGUGAAAGUGCUCUUAUUAUGGUAUUUUUAGAAUAGCGUAGAAUAGAACAGCAAUGCUAGAAAAAAAAUAGCAGAUUGGUACUUUAUUACUUUAUGGUGUUGAUCUCCCAUCAACACAUGUACAGUGGUCCUUUAAGGACAUUGUCACAUCUGAAACAGUUAGUUUUAGUAAGGACUUCAUUAUUGCAAUUCACCUGUUAGACCUAUAAUUCUUCUCUUUCCUGCUGAAACUAAGACCUAGUCCUAUGUUAAACUAAGCUAAAAGUGCUGUUGCCAGACCUGACUCCUCCUGUACCAGUUUUCUCCAGUUUCUUAGGGCAUUUUUCACACCUGUAGUUCGUUUCCAUGGUCCGAAUCCAUCAAUGGGUUUGUUUUUUUGGAGCGUUUUCUCCUUUUGUUUAGUUUGGUUUCACACAGACCUAAACCUAAACUCACCAAGAUAUGCACCAAUAAACUACGUGAGCAUGUUGUCUCCUCUGAUUGGUCAGAGCUGUCUGGCGCGGGAGCAGGAAAGUGAAUAUAGCGCGAUGAUUCUGUGUUCCAGCACGUACAGUAUAUCUGUGCAGUGUGAAGCUGCUUUAACACCGAUCGCUAAAAAACACUGAGCUUUUAAACACGCAGUUGCGCAGCUGAGAGCAGUGAACGCUGCACGCACAUACUGUUCGUGUAAACAGCAUGGAGCAGCAGAGACAGCGUCUGUUUUAACCGGACCAAAAAUUGCUGGUGUGAAAACG